CCUCUGCGCAUUUGCAGCACCUCCACCACCUGGUGUCAAGGUGGAAUUUUGGAAGCUGCUAAACAACAUGGUUCAAGAUGAAGUUUAUUCUGUACUGAAAUCGGAUGCCUGUAUCAUGGAGUAUGGUGAGCAUUUGUUUAACAGGCUUGGAUAUGAUGUUGGUAAGCAUGAAUACAUCCGACAGAAAAUGAGAGAGCUAGGAAGGCUUCUGAUAUGCUCAAGAAAAACCACUUCCUUGAAGACCAUUAAAGAUCACAUCAAACCUGCCAAUUUUAUGCAAGUUGUGGAAUCAGUGAAACACUUAGCAGGCUUUGACAGUAAAACCCAUGCAUACAAGUGCCCAAGUCUAGCUCUCAAAACUGGACAUAACUUGACAAAGAUUUCAAUGCUGCUUGAAAGCCGUGCAAAUGUUCAGAAUGACUACAGUGCUGCAAAAGAUGCUCGUACAUUCCGCAGAGUGUAUGAAACCAGAUGGAAUGAAAUGAUAUCAGCUGCAUCACUGAGAACACUUCAGGAGUCUAAGUGGAAUACUCCUCUGUUGCUUCCAUUCACAAAAGAUGUCCAGACUCUCCAUUCGUAUUUGGAUGUGCAACAACAAGAUCUUCACGGUAAACUGUCUAUAGAGGCAUCCCCCCACACGUGGGCAAAACUGGCAAAGGUCAUUUUGGCACAAGUCAUUUUGUUUAAUCGACGAAGAGCUGGGGAGGUGUCAAAAAUGACCCUUUCUUCAUAUGUAUGUCAAAAUCCAUCAGACCCACAUGAAGAUGUGAAUGAAGCCCUCUCAGAUCUAGAGAAGAAACUCUGUCAGCAUUUCAGCAGGAUUGAGAUAAGAGGAAAAAGGGGAAGAAAAGUUCCUGUGCUUUUGACCCCAAUGAUGAAGCAAGGGUUGGAUCUGCUCGUCGGCUCACGGGAGGUUUGUGAGGUUCCUCAGGAGAACAUUUACCUUUUUGCAAGACCAAACGCUUUGACCUGUUACCGUGGGUCUGAUUGCCUUCGACACUUUGCCAAGGUCUGUGGUGCAAAAAGUCCGGAAAGUCUCACUUCUACGAAACUUCGAAAACAAACUGGAACACUGUCUCAAGUUCUCAACCUCAGUAAUACAGAGCUGGAUCAGUUAGCAAAUUUUCUUGGGCAUGAUAUUAGAGUGCACCGGCAGUUCUACAGACUUCCUGAAGGUACCCUCCAACUUGCAAAAAUUAGCAAAGUCCUCAUGGCUCUGGAUCAGGGACGCCUGGCAGAAUUCAAGGGCAAGACACUGGAUGACAUCAACAUUGAUCCCGAAGAAAAUGUGCUCUUGGACAGCGAACAUGAGUCAGAGUCAGAGAGUCAGGUUACAACGACUCAGUGGGAAGAGAAUGAAACAGCAGUUCCAGAUGUCAGUCAUAGCGAUGCUGCACCACAGCAGGACACCGUAACAACUACACAAGCCUUGCAUCACAAGCCUAAAAAGAGGGAUGCAGGUCGUCAGCCGUUCAAGAGAAGGGUGUGGGAGAAAGAGGAGAUCCAUGCGGUCGAGAAGCACAUGAUGUCCUUCAUCACUUCAUGCCGUGUACCAGGAAAAAGUGACUGUGAUAAGUGCCUUAACCUGGAGAAAGCAGCACUUAAAAACAGAAAUUGGCUGGCCAUUAAGUUCUAUAUUAAGAAUAGAAUCACAGCUCUCAAGAACAAAGUUUAAAACAGUGUCAUGGCUAUGUCACGUUUAAGUUUAAAUGUGUUGCUCAUUAAAGAAUGAGGAAUGUUGGAAUUACAAAGGAAUGU